CCCAGAACCCAUCAUCAACCUCUCUCCUUCACUUAACUUGUAAGGUAGCCAUGGCAUUCUCCAGGGCCCUAGUCGCUCUCCUGCUGGCGCUGGCGGCGACGGCAGUGUCCGCCGCCGGCGGGCAGUACGAGCCUGCGAGCUGCGACGGUCACAAGGUGACGGUGCAGAACCUGUGCGACCACGACCUGCGGCUGAACAUCGAGCCGCUGGCCAACAGCAAGCUUCUGUUCAGCAACGGGUACCUCCUCCCCCGCGGCACCCACCGUGAGUUUCCGGUGUGCGCCUGGACGGGGCGCGUGAAGCUGUACGGCGCCGACAUGGUGGAGUUCCACCUCGGGCACGAAGGCGGAGGCUGGUACCAGCUCACCCCCGGGCCGACCAAGUCCACCAUCCCCGUCUCCUGCACCCCGCACGGCAAGCUCCAGGGCCACUGCCCCACCGCCGGCUGCAACAGAUCCAAGUGCUUCGAGCACUCCGUCCCCGGCGGCAACUGCCACGGCGUCUCCGAGAUGAAGAUCGUCUACUGCAGCACCUAGAUCGAAUGUCGAUCUGUCGAGCAAUCCUGCCUCGAGCUAGCUUAGCUUAGCUGCUAGCCUGCUCCUAGUCCAGUGUGUUCAAUAAGUUAGUAGCUGCUUGGUCGGAUUGUUACUAGUGUAGCAGCUGCUGGUUUAGUUAAAUCAUGUCAUUUGAACUCUCAUAGGCAGUAAUGUCGUUUCGUGUUAGAUUUG